GAGGAAAUUUCGAUCCAAUGAGGCAGAGAAAGUUAUGUAUGCAACAUCUUCGAUUCUGUCUCCAACACCACAAAUUUACUUCCUUUCGCCUCAUCUUCCUCCAAUUUCGUUACUUUAUCGGAUAAGUUUUCUGGGUUUUCCUGUAACAAAUUGCUGCUAUGGCGGCGACUUCGGACGCGCUUCGUUCUAUAAGCGACGGAGUUGUGAUCAAAGACGGAGAAAUCGAAUCAUAGUACCGAGAGCUAGAGUCUCUCCUUACGAGAUUCUUGGUGUGUCUCCGUCGGCGACUGCUCAAGAUAUAAAGAGGGCUUACCGUAAACUUGCUCUCAAGUAUCACCCAGAUGUUAAUAAAGAGGCAAAUGCGCAGGAGAAGUUUCUGAAGAUAAAACAUGCCUACACCACUUUAAUAAACUCUGAGUCACGGCGCAAGUAUGGUUCAGAGAGUCGUGCGUCUGGUUAUUCAUACUCUACGGGUCAAACAAGCCGAAAGAGGGACAGUCAAGUCGAGGAAGAUUUUUAUGGACUUGGUGAAUUCGUGAGGGAUGUUCAAUUAACAAUCGGGGAUUUCUUCAAAGAUCUUCAAGAAGAGUUCAAGAACUGGGAAGCUAGUGCGUCCUCACAAGGAAAACCGAAAAGUCUUUGGGAGGAACUAGCGGAAAUUGGGGAAGAAUUUGUGGAGUUUCUUGAGAAAGAGCUUAACAUAAGCGAUGAAGACAAUGAGGGAUCAAGCAAAAAUGGAGAAAGAUCUGAUUUUGACGAAAUCUCUUCAAAAUCGCCAGGGAAUAAUAAUAAUAGCACGAAGAACAGUAUAGAAGAUAAUAUUGAUGAGAUCGAAGCAACCCUAGCUCAGUUGAAAAAAGAUCUUGGUUUGCAAUAAUCCCAAAAGUUGCAGGAAAAUGUUCUUUCGUAGUUGGUUUUGAUAUUCUGAUGUUUCUUUCUUUUCAACCCAUGUAUAUUUGCAAGGAAAAGUUGCAGGAUCUGUGUUGAGAAACUAUAUUUCUUAAAGAAUAUUAUUUCAUGUAAGCAAUUAUGUUUGUAUGCAGAUGAGAUCAGUAU